UUUUGCCAUCGCUGUGUUUCAGCCCCUGAGCCAAAUGCAUCUUGACAUUAGGAAAGGAAUACAUUUGCUCAGCCCGUGUAGUAACACUGCGGCUAUUCCCACUUGUCUGUUUGACGGUAAGUUGACCGAAACGGCCGAGCGCCGGCUCGCAGCACGAGCCACGGGGACAUCCUUCCUCUGUCACCCCAUGGCUGGGGCACUGCGCCAUCCUGGGAGGGGGAAACUGAGGCACGGGGCAGCCCUGAGGUUUGUGUUGGCAGAGCUGGUCCUAGGGACGGGUGAGGAGCUGGGAGCCCCCUCCUGCUGCUCCCCACUUUGGGGGUUUCACGUGCACCAGGCACGGAGCGUCCCCCGGCACGUCGGGGACUGAGAGCUGCAAACGGCUGAAAAUGCGCGGAAAGGCUCCUGCAGGGCCACUAAUUCAUUUUCCAGACAUUUAGGAAUAACAAAAUGUUUUAAUGAUUUCUUAGGGGAAUUAGGGAGACAUAUUUUUGUCCUCAUUAAAUUUUCUCCUGUGCUACGAGAACCAAAUGUCAGCUCGGUUUGCAGAACCCAGUUAUCUUCCCUCCCCACCUCCCCGCGCUCACCCGCCGGCUCCUCCCGCCUGCACACGCCUGCACAUGGAUGCACACACAUGCACCCCCCAAAACUGCUUCCCUGCACUCCUCCUUCUCCUCCCUCUGCUCUCCACAGCAUCUCUUGCUCCUCUCCUGCACCCCAAAUCCUCCCUCCCACGGUUCAUCCCUGUCUGUUCCGUGUCCACAUGUCUCUCGACAGGCAAACUCUUUGUGGAAUACUUUCCAAGCGCCACAUAAGUCCUGAUUCGACAUUUUUUGCUUUGAAUGGCUGCUGUCAACACAAAUCUCUGGCAGAGACUGUAACGGAGCCUGAUUGCUCAGCAAGUAUUUUGAUAAGUGAGCUGGCUGUGUGUCUGUAAUUACGGGAGAAAACCGUAAAUCUUUUGGAUAUUGUUCACACAGAUGUGGCGUGAAGGGAAGGGGGGGAAGCAGUAAAAUGUGUUAAAAGCAUAAUUAAUGUCAUUGUUGUUGGGGAUGAUUUGAUUUAAGGCUGACUUUGACUCGUGGAGGGAUUCGUAGGGCGCUGGUGGAAGUGUUUGAGCAGGUUGGGAUGGAGUGGCAGAGGAGAGGCCGUGGUGGUGGAGAGGUGACAACACUAUGGAGGUGCUGUGGGUGUCCCAUGGGUGCACCAUGGGUGACCUGUGCUCCUCCUGGAGCCAGGCAGCAGCAGCAUGGAACGUGGGCUGGGUAGAAUGGCCCUGGCACCAAGAUUAGUUGCCGAUCCCCAGGGAUACAGGUGCUCCUGCUGCUGUGUCUGCUCAGGAGAAGGUGAGGAGCAGUCAGAACUGCCCCUGUCCCUGUUAGUGAGCAUCCAGAGGAGGGCCGUGCAGAAGGGUCUGGAGGAGGAGCCAUGUGAGGAGCAGCUGGGGGCACUUGGUUUGUUCAGUGUGGAAAAGAGGAGACUGAGGGGAGCCCUCAUCCCAACCCACAGCAUCCUCAGGAGGGGCAGUGCAGGGGCAGCUCCAAUCUCUGCUCUCUGUGGGCAAGGACAGCACCCAGGGAAUGGCUGGAGCUGUUUCAGGGAGGUUUAGGUUGGGUAUCAGGGAAAAGUUCUCCCCCAGAGGGUGCUGGGGCACUGCCCAGGCUCCCCAGGGAAUGUCACAGCCCCGAGGCUGCCAGAGCUCUGGGAGCACUUGGACACUGCUCUCAGGGACAGCCUGGGAUUGUUGGGCUGUCUGUGCAGGGCCAGGGGUUGGACUCCUGGAUCCUUGUGGUCCCUUCCAGCUCAGGAUAUUUUGUGAUUCCGUGAUCCUGCUGCAGCACUGCCGGUGCCACUAAAGAAUGGCCAAUGACGCCAGCUAGUGGUGGCACUUGUACUUGUAUUUAUUCAUUAAAUUAAUAUCUAUAUAAACUGCAUAUGUAGUGGGUGAGGGUAUGGAGUGAGAGAUCAGUGUGCCAGGGCAGGGACACACUGUUUCCCAGGGGAGCUGCCUGCACCAUGGCCCCAGAGUGUGCCCUGCCCUCAGGUCCUGUUUAGGCGCACGUGUCCCUCGUGUCCCCCGUCACCCAUCUGUGCUGCUGGCCUGUGUCAGGUCUAGCCUGUCCCAGUGGAAGAUGUGAUCCAUGGAACAAGGGACCACACCCCAAUAUCUCACAUGUGGUGGUAGAGCCAGCCCCACAACUGAGGAUGGCGUUUCCCAGUGGAUGGGCAGUGUGGCAUUAGUUCAGUGUAGUUAUUCCAGACAGGAAUUUGGCAUCUGAGCUGCCCUGGCUGUUGUAAAGGUUUGUUCUUCCCUUCCCAAAGCUCUGCUCCCACCAUUUCAUCCCAGGCUGGCAGCUCCAAACAUGGAACAGCACACAGAGGCAUCACCCAGCUGUAUUUCACCAGCAGGGCUGCAGCUCAUGGGAAGGAAAAUGCUGACCUGAGGAAAAUCCCUGGUGCUUUAUCACUCAGACCCAUUUUUCCCAUAUUAUUUCUCAUCUUGGAGGCAGGAGGAGUUGCUGGUGUGGAUCAAACAGGGCCUGUCCCAGCGUUUAUCUCCAUGGAGGCAGCUCACAGGCUGGCACAGAGCCUCCUGCCAGCACCCCCAGGGCUGGGGAGCACAGGGGGGACCCCGGCAGCGCCCAGAGAGCAGGGUUUAAUUAUCCAUAUCCUUCUCUCCACUCACGUAGUUAUGGGUGUUAUUAAUGGCUGUGGGAGCAUCCAGGCUGGCUGGGGCUGUGCUGCAUCACUGCCAUCCCACACCCUUGGGUGGGAAACCAGCCUGGGGGUGCUGAGCUGAGUGAGAGACACCAGGAGCUGAAGGAUGCCAUGAGCAUCCCCAGGAGGGUCCCAGCUGGAGCCAAGGCCCUGUUUCAGUGACAAAGCUGACAGCACUCAGCAUCUGCCUCUGGAUCCUCAUGGCCAGAAUCCUGGCACAAAUCUCUUAUUCCAUCCAUUCAUUUGUGACGUCCAGCAGAAAGAAGGGAUAAUGAUCCCUGUGGAGAACACUCCAGGGGCUUUUGGUCUGGCAGUCACUAAUCCAGGGGGGGAAGCUCUGGGGUGUGAUGGUGUGGGAUGGCAGGGCAGCAGUGGAGCAGACUCCCCAGAUCCCAUUUAGAGGAGCAAGUGCCUUGGCAUUUCUUGUUUGCAAGGAGCAUCCACAUUGGCAUGGACCAAAUCUUGCAUCUUCUGGGCAGGUUCACCCCAAAGUCAUCUGGUGCAUUGUUUGACCCCCAAAUCCCAUGGCAUGGCCUCCUUCAUCCCACUUCCAUCUCAGCCAGGGGCUUGCCAAGCAGCAGAGCUGCUCUGUGUCCCGUUCUGAGUGGAGGCAGCCAGUUGUUGGAAUUCUUUUCCACCACCCACCCUUAUUAUCUUUUACCCUUGGAUGCCUGCCACGUGCCGUACGGUAGCAUGCCUAACUCCAUCCCACUUCCCUGUUUGCCUAACUUUUUGACCCUGGAGAAUUCAAAUCUAUUUUCUUUCCUUUUCUUUUCCAUGAAAAAAAACCCCAACAAAAAAAAAUCCCCCAAACCUACAUUAACCUGGCUCAAUAGGAGGCAUUUUCUUGAACUUAUUAAAAAAUCCAGACUUGUAAAUUAAUUUGUUCAUGUUGUACAAUGGCAGUGCAGAUGGACUCAUUAGCAUGCACACAACAAAUAAUUAUAGAUGAAUUUUUAGCUGGCCUGCUUAAUGGGCUUGCUGGGUUAAUUAUGUCAAUGUAUAAUUACAUCAGCCCUGGGAGACAUAAUGGCACACCCCGCUGAGCAGACACUAGCUAAUGAUGGUGUAAUGCUGACAGAGGGAAGACGGACGGCUCGGGAUGCACCUGCUUACCUCGGCACAAACCUCCAUUGUCUGUGCCCAAACCGGCCCUGCCAGAGCCACCGUGCCCUGGGAGGUGAUGUCCCCAUGCCCCCAGCCCGUCCCUCCGUGCCUCGGGGCUGGCAGUGAAAGGCAGGGAUAUUCCCGUGGCACCUGGAAUGGAAGGAUGUCCCCAUGGCUCCUAGAAAGGCAGGACCUGGCGUGUCCCCAUGGCUCCUAGAAAGGCAGGACUCAGGGAUGUCCCCAUGGCUCCUAGAAAGGCAGGACUCAGGGGUGUCCCCAUGGCACCUGGAAUGGCAGGAUGUCCCCAUGGCUCCUAGAAAGGCAGGACCUGGCGUGUCCCCAUGGCUCCUAGAAAGGCAGGACUCAGGGGUGUCCCCAUGGCACCUGGAAUGGCAGGAUGCCCCCAUGGCUGCUAGAAAAGCAGGACUUGGCUUGUCCCUAUGGCACUUGGAAUGGCAGAAUUCAGGAUAUCCCCACAGCUCCUGGAAAGGCAGGACCUGGUGUGUCCUCUUGGUGCCUGGAGUGGCAGGACUCGGGGGUGUCCCCAUGGCACCUGGAAUGGCAGGAUGCCCCCACGGCUGCUGGAAAUAGGACUUGGCUUGUCCUUAUGGCUCCUAGAAAGGCAGGACUCAGGAGGUGUCCCCAUGGCACCUGGAAGGGAAGGACCUGGCAUGUCCUCACAUCUCCUGGAAUGGCAGAACUCGGGGUAUCCCCACAGCUCCUGAAAAGGCAGGACCUGGCGUGUCCCCAUGGCUUUGGGAAAGGCAGGACCCGGGAUGUCCCCACGGCACUGGGAGGUGGGAGAGGGCCUGGGGGGGGCCAUCCCUGCUGCUCACCGCCCAUCCCGCAUCCCGCAGACCCCGCUCCUGUGCUGGAGGCUGCCCGGAGCCUGGAGGAUCGGCUGCAGCAGCUCCAGCGCCUCGAGCCGGAGCCGCCGCCCCUGAAGGAUCUCAGCCGGCCCUGGAAGAAGCACCCGGAGCUCGGCAGCACCAAAGAGCGCAGGGAGGGGAAGUCGCCGGCGGCCGAGCCCCCGCUCCCCGGCCUCGACGGCAAAGCGCCCGGCACAGAGACCCCGCUGCAGAGAAAUGAGGCAGACAAGCAAAAGGGCCUGCAGGAAGCUCAGGUCACCUUGGCCGCUCGGCUGGGGGAGGCAGAGGAGAAGAUCAAAGUGCUCCACGCAGCGCUGAAGGCCACCCAGACGGAGCUGCUGGAGCUGCGCUGUAAAUACGACGAGGAAGCGGCGUCCAAGGCAGAUGAAGUCGCCAUGAUCAUGACCAACCUUGAAAAAGCCAACCAGCGGGCGGAGGCAGCGCAGAGGGAAGUGGAGAGUUUGCGGGAGCAGCUGGCGGCCGUCAACAGCUCCCUGCGCCUGGCCUGCUGCUCCCCGACGGGCACCACGGGGGACAAAGUGAACUAUUCCAUGUGCUCAGGGUCAAGGUUGGAGGCAGCUCUGGCUGCCAAGGACCGGGAGAUCCUGCGGCUCCUGAAGGACGUCCAGCACCUCCAGAGCUCGCUGCAGGAGCUGGAGGAGUCCUCUGCCACCCAGAUCGCCGAGCUGGAGGGGCAGCUGGCCGCCAAGAACGAGGCCAUCGAGAGGCUGGAGGAGAAGCUGCAGGCACAGGCUGACUAUGAGGAGAUCAAAACGGAGCUGAGCAUCCUGAAAGCGAUGAAGGUGGCCUCUGCUGGCUGCAGCCUGCCCCAGGCAAGUGCCAUGGCGCGUCCUGAGGCGCUGGCCGGGCUGUGCCAGCCCUGCCGACGGUGCCUCCGCCGCCUGUCCCCAUCUCGGCUUGGCUCCUUGCAGAGCAUCUCGAAGGCGGAGGAGACCCUGCUGCUGGGGAAGGAGGCUUUCUAUCCCUCCCAGAAGUACCUGCUGGAAAAGCCCAGCCUGUUGGCCAGCACUGAGGAGGAUCACUCCGAAGACGAGUCAGGGAAGGAUCCUCUGGGCAUGGAGCAGCCGUACCCAUCCCCCCACCACGCCCCGGCCGAUGACCCCGCGUCCCCCACUCCCCUCCCGCCGCUGCCUGGCCCCGGCGCCGCCCCUGACGGUCCCCGGACUUUCUCUCUGUCCCCCUUCCCGGGGGGCGAGCGGCUUUCAGGGGACCCCAAGGUCCCCCACCUCCCUCUGCCCAGCUACAAGAGCGAGAGCAGCAGCGGGGCACCGCCCUUCCCCUCCUCCUUCUUCGGGGCCAAAAGCAGCACCGUGCACCCCGUCCCCGUGCCGGCCACCAGUGCCACCAGCCCGCCCGGCGAGCCCUCCGAGGGCAGCGCCGGCAGCUCCACCGAGGAGGAGCAGCUGGACACGGCCGAAAUCGCCUUCCAGGUGAAGGAGCAGCUGCUGAAGCACAACAUUGGGCAGAGGGUCUUCGGGCACUACGUGCUGGGGCUGUCACAGGGCUCUGUCAGCGAGAUCCUGGCGCGGCCCAAGCCCUGGCACAAGCUGACAGUGAAGGGCAAGGAGCCAUUCAUCAAGAUGAAGCAGUUCCUCUCCGACGAGCAGAACGUGCUGGCCCUGAGGACUAUCCAGGUGCGCCAGAGAGGUAGCAUCACGCCACGGAUCAGGACACCAGAGACCGGCUCCGACGACGCCAUCAAAAGCAUCCUGGAGCAGGCAAAAAAGGAGAUUGAGUCACAGAAGGGAGGGGAGCCCAAAACACCAUCAGCAUCACAGGCAGUGGCCAACGGGGCGGGCAGCAGCAGCUCUGAGGACGCCAUCAAGAGCAUCCUGGAGCAGGCGCGGCGGGAGAUGCAGGCGCAGCAGCAGGCACUGCUGGACAUGGAGUCGGGGGCCGGCGGGCGUGGGGGAGAUGCGGCGCCCGCCGAGCGCUCCACGCUGGCCACUGUCAGCCAGAACAUCGCCCCCGCCUACGUCAAGCAGGAGGAGGGGAGCGGGGCCAGCCCUGGCCCGCCGCAGACGCCCCUGGCCGUGCUCUCCCCCGCCGCCUUCGUGCAGAGCAUCAUCCGGAAGGUGAAGUCGGAGAUCGGCGACGCCGGCUCCUACUUCGACCAGCACUGGGCGUCGGAGCGGAGCCUGCUCAGCCGGCCCUACACCUCCGUGUCGCCUUCGCUGUCCUCCUCCUCCUCCAGCUACUCCAGCAUGGCCAACGGCCGGGGCUGGCCGCGGGGUGAGCCCGGCGAGGGCGGCACCAACGAGGACGAGCUGCAGCCGGCGGAUGAGGAGCCCCAGCGGCUGUCGGAGAUGAAGGCGGAGGGAGCCGGCGCGGAGCCGGUGGCUGGUGGGCGUCUGUCCUACUACCCCACGUACGUGCCACGGACCCUGAAGCCAACGGUGCCACCACUGACGCCAGAGCAGUAUGAGAUGUACAUGUACAGGGAGGUGGACACGCUGGAGCUGACCCGGCAGGUCAAGGAGAAGUUGGCCAAGAACGGCAUCUGCCAGAGGAUCUUUGGAGAGAAGGUGCUGGGACUGUCCCAGGGCAGUGUGAGUGACAUGCUGUCGCGGCCCAAACCCUGGAGCAAGCUGACACAGAAGGGUCGGGAGCCCUUCAUCCGCAUGCAGCUCUGGCUGACAGACCAGCUGGGCCAGGGGAUCAGCCAGCAGCCCACACCCUCCCAGGCCAGCCCGGCGGAGCCCCAGCCGUCCCCCUCGCCGCCCCCCAGCCCCACUGAGCACGAGAAGGGCUGCCAGGAGCCCCUCACCCUGGCCUUGGAGAGCAGCAAGGAAAACCAGCAGCCCGAGAGCCGCUCGACGCCUGCGCUGGGCGGGAAGAUGCAUCCCAACAGCCAGGGCCCCAUGGGCAUCCAGGAGAUCGUCGCCAUGUCCCCCGAGCUGGACACCUACUCCAUCACCAAGAAGGUCAAGGAGGUCCUGACAGACAACAAUUUAGGCCAGCGGCUGUUUGGGGAGAGCAUCCUGGGCCUUACGCAGGGCUCGGUGUCCGAUCUCCUCUCCAGGCCCAAGCCGUGGCACAAGCUGAGCCUGAAGGGGAGGGAGCCCUUCGUCCGGAUGCAGCUCUGGCUCAACGACCCCCACAACGUGGAGAAGCUGCGCGACAUGAAGAAGCUGGAGAAGAAGGCCUACCUGAAGCGCCGGUACGGGCUGAUGAGCGCUGGCUCGGACAGCGAGUCCCCCAGCGCCCGCUCCGAGUGCGCCAGCCCCAGCGCGCCGCCGCAGGACCUCAGCCUGCUCCAGAUCAAGAAGCCACGGGUGGUGUUGGCGCCAGAGGAGAAGGAAGCCCUAAAGAAAGCCUACCAGCUGGAGCCAUAUCCUUCCCAGCAGACCAUCGAGCUGCUCUCCUUCCAGCUCAACCUCAAGACCAACACCGUCAUCAACUGGUUCCACAACUACAGGUCACGGAUGCGCCGAGAGAUGCUGGUGGAGGGCACGCAGGACAAUGACACGGACCCGGAGCAGAGUGGCGGGACGGCCAUCCCGGGGCGCCGGGCCCCCCACAGCCCCGAUUCGGACACCGAGGAUCACAAACCCGUGUUGGUGGGGGGCGAGCCCCCCUGUGCCGCUGUGCCCGUGAAGGUGAAGGAGGAGCAGGGGGAUCCGGGCGGCUGGAGCCGCCGGCGGGACUCACGCAGCCCGGCUGGAGCGGCCGAAGGGACCGGACCUCCCCAGGAGGAGCGGGGGGCAGCCCCCCACCCCGCCACCCCCAGCGCCGGCAGCCUCCCGCGGCGGGGAGGCCGUGCCGGUGCCACCGCCGGGGGACCUCCGCCGCCACCACCGCCACACCCCGACAGCUCCCAGUCCUCGGCGGGCUCGUCCCGUUGCAGCUUGGUGGUGUCCCCAACGUCGCCCUCGGCAGCUUCCUCUCCCGGCCUCACUGGCUCAGCCUCACCAGGACCAUCCUCUGCCGGGCCGGUCUCGCCGGCGCUUCCACCGGCUCCUGGCCCCCGGCUCAGCACCAGCGUGCAGCGGCGCCACGAGAAGAUGGCCAACCUCAACAACAUCAUCCACCGCCUGGAGCGGGCUGCCAACCGCGAGGAGGCCCUCGAGUGGGAGUUCUGAGCCCCCCGACACCCUAAAUAUAUAUAUACCCCCCCACAUAUAUAUAUAUUUUGAUAAAUGCAGUGUGCACCGAGAGGUGACGAGUGGCCGGCGCCACGGAAGAGGAGCGCCCGUGAAAAAGAGGGGACCCCUCUCUAUGAAUCCGCCCCACGCCUCUGGCUUUGUUUUAAAUGUGAAAAACUGGGAACAAUUUUAGAAAAGAAAAACAAAAAAAUCAAAAAAUAUUUAUAGACCUCUUUUAGAUAUUUUAAUAAAAGGAUACUUUGGAAUUUAUUAACAGCUUAAGCUGCUUUGAUAUUAAAGAUAGCUAUAAAAUCAAGAUGAUGUAGCAGUCGUGUCAUUAAAUGUACACUGAAGUCUUGUAGUUUGCCACUGGAUGAGAUUAAAAACAAAUAAACAAAAAAAAAAAAAACCCACCAACCCACAGAAAAGACUUUUUGAGCAAAGCCAUCAAGAAGCACUAUGAGACUGACCAAAUUUAAGAAACUUUUGCAGUUUCCACCCCUGUCUGUAAGACACUGCAUCGCUUCUGCCCCAGCCAGAGACUGCGUCCUAGUCCCUGAAGACUCUAAAGCCCCCGACGCCAUCGAGUAUGUAUUUAGUUCUGGUGGUUUAUGUUUUUGGAAGCCUUUGUAACACAGAAUGUCCCGUGUGGUUGUAUAUGUUGUAGAAAUGUCUGCAAUAGCCUUCUGGAACAAAAUGUAGCAUGGUCCCAACGCCGUCCCUCGGGCUUCCUCCAGCCGGUGGCAGCUCCCAUCUGCCAUGGUGCAGCUCAUGCCAGCUCCCAAAGGAGGAGAGAAAAUGAGGCAAAAGCAAAGAAAGCAACCUGAGUGAGCUUGGGAUUUUGGGAGUGGGAUGGGAAAAUGUCCCUGGGUGAGAUGCUUGAGGAUGGUACCAGCUCGCUGGGGGUGGACAUCAUGGCAUCCCGGUUCCCUGUCCAUUCAGGAAAGAGAAAGAUGGAGCCUCCAAGCUUUGGCUCUGGGGCAGCAGUGCUUAAGGCGAGCACCCAAAAAUUGUGAGCCACCCACUCACAGGCUGAGCCCUGCUUGGGGCUGCUCCAGCACCACAGCCCAGCACUUUUUUAGGGAGAGCAGCUGGGCAGGAAGAGAAUCCCCUUCCCGCAGCCAUGUCCCAGGGAGUGGAUGUCAGUAGUGCCAGAAUGAGCUCUGGGAUGUCACACCAGGCUCCUGCCUAAACUGGGCAAGCACCACCAAGCUUUGGCUUUCCAAGGCUGAUCCUGUGUAGACAGAGGAGCUCAGUGGUGACACCAUCCCGGUGUGCUCCCUGUCACCUCCCUGACCACACCACCUCCAGCCGGCCUCUGCCAACAAAAUGCCUUUAAAUGAUGUGGAGUGUCCCACCCUGGGCUGCUCUGCCCUGUCCCCUGCCCACACAGUGUCAACCAUCGCCCACCAAGGCCCUGCCAGGCUCCUAGGUGAUGCAUUGACUGAUUUUCCACUGUAGAUGUUUUUAUCAGAAUAGAAGGUAUUUUUGUACUUGGGUGGUAGUAGACAAGCAAUGCUGGGUGAGGGCACAGCUCUCCUUGCCUGCCUCUCCUGCCCCAAGGAGCCCCAGGGUGCCCAUGGCUGCUGUGCCAUGGUGCUGUGGAAGGUGGAGGUGUGACCACUGACUGCCUUCUCCGUUGUGUGCUAGAGGGAGCUUUAGUGGAACAGGAUUUGAGGAAGCACUUAGGAUAGUCCUGAGCACGGCAACCCUGUUGUAUGAAAGCCAGCGGGACACACCGGUCACGUUUUUGUUAGGCUCAUGUUCUGUACUUCAAAAGUUUCUAUGAGAUUGAUGAACUUUGUUUAACAAUUUUGGAAGGAACAAGUUCUGUAAAGAGCCACUAAAUACAGAAGUUGGAUAC